AUGUUCAAGAGCGGUCUCGCCCGGUCCUUUGGGAGGGCUGCUUUUGCCCGGACGACCCCCGUCGCCCGCGCUUUCCAGCCUGUCCGUUCCAAUGCUCUCCCGGCUAUCACUGCCCGCUUCGCUAGCUCCGAUGCUGUCUUGACUGGAAAGGUUCACCAGGUCAUUGGUGCCGUCGUUGACGUGAAGUUCAGCGGAGAGAAGCUCCCUGCCAUUUACAACGCCCUUACCACCAUUAACAACGGCCAGAAGCUCGUUCUGGAGGUUGCUCAACACUUGGGUGAGAAUGUCGUCCGUACUAUUGCCAUGGACGGUACCGAGGGUCUCUCCCGUGGUGUCACCGCCGAGGAUACUGGUGCCCCCAUCACCAUCCCCGUCGGUCCCGCCACUCUCGGUCGUAUCAUCAACGUCACUGGUGACCCCAUUGACGAGCGUGGUCCCGUCAAGGCCACCAAGUUCGCUCCUAUCCACGCCGAUGCUCCCGCCUUCGUCGACCAGUCCACCUCUGCCGAGAUUCUCGUCACCGGUAUCAAGGUUGUUGACUUGCUCGCCCCCUACGCCCGUGGUGGUAAGAUUGGUCUGUUCGGUGGUGCCGGUGUCGGUAAGACCGUGUUCAUCCAGGAGUUGAUUAACAACAUCGCCAAGGCCCACGGUGGUUACUCCGUGUUCUGUGGUGUCGGUGAGCGUACUCGUGAGGGUAACGAUCUGUACCACGAGAUGCAGGAGACCGGUGUCAUCCAGCUCGAUGGUCCCUCCAAGGUCGCCCUUGUGUUCGGUCAGAUGAACGAGCCCCCCGGUGCCCGUGCCCGUGUUGCCCUGACUGGUUUGACCAUUGCCGAGUACUUCCGUGACGAGGAGGGUCAGGACGUGCUGCUCUUCAUUGACAACAUUUUCCGUUUCACCCAGGCCGGUUCCGAGGUGUCUGCCCUUUUGGGUCGUAUCCCCUCUGCCGUCGGUUACCAGCCUACCCUGGCUGUUGACAUGGGUAUGAUGCAGGAGCGUAUUACCACCACCCACAAGGGUUCCAUCACCUCCGUCCAGGCCGUCUACGUGCCCGCUGACGAUUUGACUGAUCCUGCCCCCGCUACCACCUUCGCUCACUUGGACGCCACCACUGUGUUGUCUCGUGGUAUCUCCGAGUUGGGUAUCUACCCCGCUGUCGAUCCCCUCGACUCCAAGUCCCGUAUGCUCGACCCCCGUAUCAUCGGUGACGACCACUACAACACCGCCAGCCGUGUCCAGCAGAUGCUCCAGGAGUACAAGUCCCUCCAGGAUAUCAUUGCCAUUCUCGGUAUGGAUGAAUUGUCCGAGGCUGAUAAGCUCACUGUCGAGCGUGCCCGUAAGCUCCAGCGUUUCUUGUCCCAGCCCUUCGCCGUCGCCCAGGUCUUCACUGGUAUCGAGGGUACCCUUGUUGACUUGAAGGACACCAUCUCCUCCUUCAAGGCCAUCAUUGCUGGUGAGGGUGACGACCUCCCCGAGGCCGCCUUCUACAUGGUUGGCGACAUGAACGCUGCCCGUGCCAAGGGUGAGAAGAUCCUGGCUGAGCUUGAGAACAAGGCCUAA